GUUUUACCUUUAAAUCCCUGAAUGAAAAUAACACGGAGCAUGCUUUGACAUUACUAUCACGCUCUCCCACAGCCGCAAAACAGACAAAUAGUUCACUAAUUUUCUCAAUCAAAGUUUGAGGGUUUGGAGUUUGAAGUAUGAUAGGCGCAUUUAGUAAAGCGUGCGUUUCAUCAUGCUCGUAAUGUGUUAGCCAAGGGUUAAACCCAUAGUAUAUUAUGAUCUCAUAAGGGUAAAUGUAGUGGGUUUUUUGCCAAAAUUUUACAUAGUCUGAAAGUUAGAGUUUGUAACCCUAAUUGUAUUAUAGUCAUGAUGGCGCACAUUACCCUAGGAACAAUAGGGAAGUGACAUUCACUACCGAUACUCAAUGUGAAUUUUAAGCUGAAAUCGAUAGAACUGUCACUUGUUUUGUUUGACUUCGGUAAACAGUUAGGCCCGUUACAAUUUUUUUGAUGAUACUUCUAAGCUGCCAGCUUUGUUUUUUGGAGAUUUUGAGUAGAUUUUGGUAAAUAUUCUUCAUAUAUGUGAAUUUUGAGUAUUUUUGGCAAGGUUUUCCCAAAAUUUAUCAAAACGUUGUCUGGGAUGUAUCUUUUAUUCACGCUGUACGGUGGGGAGCCGCGAACGUCUUGAAAUCCGUGUACGUAUUUUCUAUGUUUGUUGAAUUUAUCUACCAUACCUAACUGCCCUCCACUUUUUCAUCUUAUUUUCAGAUUUGACAAUACUGUAUGUUGUUAUGUCGACCAAUCAACUUUCAAUUAGUUGAAAAACUUGCUGGAAAAUCUUUUAAAUCAAACCGAUAUCAGUCAUAUAAAAUACAAACAGACCAUCUUUUAUGCCUGUCAAAUACUGAAGUCUUCUGUCCUUUUUUAAAAAUCACAUGGUUUAUCACUUUAACAAUCAUUUUAAUAUAUUAGCGAGCACUUUAAGCUGAGCAAAAGCUCACUGUUUAAUAUUAGUAUUAUUUCUCCUGACUUGUUUUAAACAUCUGUUCGAAUCCAGUCUAUUUCUAGUGUAGUUGUCCAAUGACAUGUUUUUAAUUUGAUUGAGGCAAAUGACCUAUCAAUUUUAACAAUUGGUCAUCAGUUAAUUUUAAAUUAGUCACUGCCUAAUUUUUUCUGCAAUAAAUUCUGAAUGUAUACUCUGAUUGUAUUAUUUUAUUUGUAUUUACUUGAAGGUAUACCAUAUGGUGUUCAAUCACGAUUUCUACCUCUUAUAUUUCGCAAUAAAGGUCUCUCACUUACUUCAUUAGGUCUACAUAAACUCCUUCAUAUUCCUUGGCUACUUAAAAGCUUUUAUGCUCCGGUAAUUGACAGACAUGUGAACAAAAGAGUGUGGUUAUUUAUCACUUUCAGUGGUUUGUUCUUUUGUACAGUCUUAUUAUUUCACGAAUGUGAACAAUUGGUCAGUGGAAACAAUUAUUUCAUGUUCACUAUUUCUUCUUGUCUUUUUAUGUAUAAUUUUUGGGCAGCUUCACAAGACAUUACUGUUGAUUCACUGACCUUGUCCACCUUAACAUCAAGUCAAAUCUCUUUAGGGAAUACUAUACAAGUUGUUGGCUACAAAUGUGGAGCUAUCAUUGGCGGUGGGUUUCUUGCUUGGUUAUCAGCUUUUGUAGAAAUCAGUUAUCUUUUCAUAUCACUUAGUUGCUUAUAUGCUAGUGGGAUGUGCUUUUGUUUGAUCGGAAAGUAUUGGAAAUUUUGUAAUGUAAAACAAUUUCACGAAAAAACGUAUAUUCAAGUAAAUGGUAAGGUUAAAUUGAUAAACUGCGCCGUGAUUUGUAGUUUUACAACGUUUUCGCAUACUAUUAUUUUGUUUUUCAUAAGCAUUUUCGUCUAGAUAUAAACGAAUAGUUUCACAGUAGAUGAGUUCCGAGUUAAUAUCAAAUAUUAAGGAGGAAAUUAUAUUUGUAAAACUCGGCGGUUCAACUUUAAGUAAAUCCAACGUUUCGCACGGGGAUCUGGUUUUUAUUUUUGUUAUGCGAAACUUAAGAAAGUGACGUACUCUUCAGACCUAAUUCUUUCAAUGCAGUUCAUUUUUAGAUAGACCAAUACUUCCAUCUUUAAAGGAUAUUAUCAGUGCAAGGGGUAGUGAUUAUUACCCAGCUGCCUAACUUAAGGCAAGCGGAACGAGGUCAGAAUCUUGGACCUUCUAGUUAAAUGCUAGGUGUUUUAACCACUAAUUAGUUAUGUCUUACUCAACUAAGCUAUAUUUACGCCAAAUACGUAAAUUGCUUCCAAUGCUCUUGAUAUCUGGAAAGACAAUCAAAUAAUGUUUGUGUUGAAUAUUUCAUGUGUAAAGUCGAGUUCGUCGGGGGGCGGUGUCUGCUACUUAACAGUCCUGUCUCCAUUAUAGGUCGAAAGAGUGACUUAGUUCAUAAUAUUCUCAGCAGGCAUCAGUCGAGGCUUUUGAACUUCAGUUCAUCGUCUACUCAAAAGUGUGUCGUCGAUGAGUCAAGUUAGCUAAUGUUAAACAAACCGAAAUCAGUCGUUUGUCAGAUUGGUGCAAGUAGGUUUGCAUUUCCUGCAAAAGCGUUCAUGAAACAAUAGUCACUAGUUAGAAAGAUCCUAGAUGACCUGGCUUAAAAUUAGUUUUAAUUUUUCUAGAUACAUUCAUACUUUCAGAUAACGUUUUACACUUUAUUACUUCUUACUUUUCCUAGUCCUUACCUUUGUAUGUUGUAGUAUUUCUCUAUUUCUUUUGAUUUCCUCUCUUCAUACUUUUGAAAAAGUAUUUCAAAUUUAAUGUAUAAAGCAAAAAUCCACGUUGUUGUGUUCGUCUGUCAACACCCAUGUAAUUGAAUUGAGGAAGGUGGGACGUGCUUUUUGCUUUCCAUAUGUGACAUUCUGAAUCAAUUUCUUUUGUUUGUUAUGGGACGUAGUUUGGAAGUGAGUAGUAAAUGUUUGCUUCUUCGAGCACUAACCGUUAAUGGAGGUCCGACUAAGCUUUACGUCACUUCUGUAAGCUAUGCACUAAUUUCAUAACACUAAAACAUCCAGAAAAUAAGAUGUAAGGGUGCUAAAUCCUUCUAAUUCGUACGUUGGACUUAUUAUUUCACUUUAGGGUGGUUGACGUUAGGUUGCGCAUUUUCAUGUGUGGGACGUCAGUAUUGGCUUGUGAAUGGAUUGAAUUAUUUUUUCAAAUUAACCCAGGUGUUAGAUAACUUGAAUAGCCAUACAAACAAAUGGUCUAAGCAGUGCAGCGACAACCAUAACUUCAGAGUUUGGUAUUUUCACGAGAAUAUUAACUCUACUAUGAAAAUACGAUGUCACAGCCAAUAAUUGUUUCAAUGAACCCCAAUAGAAAGCAAAGACUUUUCGGUUGUUCUGUAAGGUAUUCUUAAUCUAUGCUAAGAGACUUUAAAUGAUAUCUCUUAAAACCAAUCAAAUUCCCGUAAGCGCAUUCGUUUUUGAUCUUCAAAUCUUGAGUUUUGAUAUUUAUGCGGUUUCAUCCCUUGAUUUUAUUCGUUUCUUCUAAAAUAUGUUUUCGAAUGUUUAGUUUAUCGUUAUCAACAAUACUGUGCAUAAGAUGUUAGGCGAAUUGAUUGGUGAGGUUGUGGAACUUCAUCAACUGGGGUGCUUAGGACAUGUGGUACGUACGCCUAAUCACCACCUACUUUAAUGUUUAAUGUUAGCUGGUGUAUGAAUUAGCUAGGAGAAAGCUAGUAUCUUCUAAGCCGAAAUGUAACGUUAGUUCAUGAGGUCAUUGACUAGUAGCCUAAGGCAUGUUGGUAAAUGAGGACUACUUGGUUUGGGUCUGCGCGAUCAAUGGUGGAAAACGUUGGAUAAUAUGUCUCAGAAUCGCAAAAACUGGUUAGAGACUAGGUAACAUAGCUCUCAAUUGUUCCUAAUGACAUAGGCGCAUUCGUUCUGUCUUCCCCUAAAUCCUAAGUUUUCAAAUUAUCUUAUGAUUUUUUACAUGAAUCCAUAUCUUACAUGCUUAACCUUUUCUAUGACCACUACUAUUUUUGCCAUUCUGGGAUUUGCUUUGACAAUUUCAUCUCACCAUGCUAAUAUGAUCCGGAAAAUUGAACCGAUUCACAUUUGUGCCAGGUUCUUAGUCGCAUAUAAAUGACUGAUAAUUUAAAUCAGUCACAGUGGCCCAAAUGCAUGAAAUCCUUGCUUUGUUCUAGAUCAGAAGUUCCAGUACUCUCAUCAGCAUACCUUUUCAUUCCAUUUUUCUGAACCACAUUCACAGUCUUUAGUCCUCAUUGCCAUUACUUACGCCUGUUACUCCCAAUAGAGCAUAGGCCGCUGACCAUCCUUCUCCAACCCACUCUGUCCUGGGCCUUCCUUUCCAAUUGUGUCCAAUUUUUGUUCAUUUUUCUCAUGUCUGUCUAUAUUUCUCGGUGUAAUAUGUUCUUUGAUCUUCCUCUUUCCCGUUGGCCUCGAGGAUUCCAUGUGAGGGCUUGGCAUAUGACGCUGUUGGGUGUUUUCUUCAAUAUGUGUCCUGUCCACUUCCAUCGCUUCUUCCUCCACUGGAAUCUGGCUUGUUCCCUCCCGCAGUAGGUUGUUGCUGAUAGUGUCUGGCCAAUGGAUCCGAAGUAUUUUGCGUAGACGACUGUUAAUAAACACUUGUGUCUUGUGGAUGAUGGCUUCCGUAGUUCUCCGAGUUUCCGUCCCAUACAGUAGAACUGUGUUGAUAUUUGUAUUGAAAAUUGUGACUUUGUUGUUGGUUGAUAGUUGUUUUGAGUUACAGAUGUUCUUCAUCCUCAUUGUCAUUGGUACUACAUUAUUUUGAUUCUUCUAACUCAUCAUGUUAAAUUGUAUGGGAACUUGGUCCAAUGCGCAUCUUUGUCAGGUUAUGCAUUAUGACUGAAUGACUGAUCUCAAAUUGUUUUCGUUUUAUCUCGUUUAUUGUGCUCAAUUAAAGUAUGACAAAUUGAGCUGACGCAUAAUUAUGCAAGAUUUAAUACUGUUUAUGAUUAAUUGGUGGCAGCAGUCUGUUAGCUUAACGGGUUAAAUUCAGAAAGAAGCAGAAAAAAGCGCUGGUUUCAUAACAUACUGAGGAUGCCAUUAUAACGUAUUUGGGUUAAUCACGCUCUACAGACCCUAUGCAUUUUAUAGUUCAAUUGAUUGAAGUCAUAAUUUUGCAUUGUAAUAUUAUAUAUCUUUGAUUUCUUUUAUUUUACGUGAUUAUUUGACUUUAAUUUUGAUCAGAGAAUGAGAAUUCAGACGAUGAACAAAAUUUAACUAUUGUGUCAAAACGAUAUUCGUACACAAAAGCCUUCAAAAUUGCCCUGGGUCAUUCAGGUGGUUCACGUUGUCUUAUUGUUCUUCUGUUGAUUUAUAAACUUGGAGAGCAAGGAUCUAUGAAUAUGCUACCUUUGAUGCUUUUAGAUAGAGGAUUUUCUCUAUCUAAAGUUGGAUUUUGGACAGGUGUUGUUGGACAGUUGGCAUCUAUAAUUGGGUCUACAUCUGGAUACUAUAUCCAGAAAAAGCUCAGAUCUCCACUAACUUCAGUUCUAAGCCUGAUGAUAAUUCGGGCUUGUCUACAAUUCCCUCUAACAAUGAUUGCUUUCAAAUCUAUUUGGAUAAGUGCACCUAACGUUUCUUUCUGGAUAGGUUGUUCAUUAAUGAAUAUUUUACUAGUUGUGAGUGGAGGGAUUACAACAAUUAUGUUCACGUUGAUGAUGCAUUGUACAUGUUCUGAAUCAUCUAAAGCCUAUCAAGCAACUCAUUAUUCUAUAUUAAGUACAGCAGAAUUAUUGGGAAAACUUUUAUUUGGUACAAUAGCCGCAUAUUUCACAGAUGUAUUCGGAUAUGGAGUUGCCUAUUUGUGCUUUUUAAUUUUAUCUAUACUUCCAAUUCUAUAUGUUUACAAAUGUUCUGGGAAUUUUCGAUUUUUUCCCUAAAUGGUUAUUCAACUAGCUUGAACCAGAUUACCAGGCGUAACGUUGGAUCUACUUCAAAUUCUUUCACUGAAAUUCUACAAAUACAACAUUCUUCCUCUUUAAUGUCAUUGAUAUUUUAUGUUUGAGUUUCCUAGAAAAAACAUAUAUAUAUAUAUAUAUAUAUAUAUAUAAUAUAUAUAUAUAUUCGUUUGUACUUGGUUGUUGAUUUCUCAUUAAUAAAGUAUGAGUUUAGGCGAAUUUAUUUUUCUUUUAAUGGAGUUUUAUUCUCUGAGCUGGAUGGUUUAGUCAUAGAGCUUUCAUCGUUUUUUUGAACGACAUCAUCAGUAAAAACUUCAGAUAGGAUUUAUUUUUCAUUUGAUAUUUGAUUUCGCAUAGUUUUUUUUACGUAAUCCGAACUUUAAAUAAGAUUCUAAUGAUUUGAAUUACUAUAGUAUUGAUACCUUAACUAAAUUUUGACCAGUAUGAAUUGAGAUAUGUGCAUCUCUCUAUAUGGAAUAUCUUGAUAUAUUUAUUAUGUCAUAAGUUUCUAUAGAAUAUGAGUGGCAGCAGAAUCCAGAACGCGUGCGUCUUCUUAUUUGGGACCCAUUGAAGAUCGAAUAUUAUUUCUGAGAUGCAGGUAAUUUGGAUUUGUUUGAAUCGCAACGGAGCUGACAAUGUGUGUGUGCACAGAUAUUCUUGCCACUUGUUUUCUUUAUAUAGUGGAUUGUGCGUGACGAUGUAAGGUGUAUGUAGUGUGUUGUGUUCCAAGAAGAUUGAAGAAAAAAACAACCUAAUUCGGUCAUGUCACUGCAUGUUUUCCCAACUCAGUAAUUUCAUUUCUUUCUUCAUUGAUGAGAGCCUUUGUCUAAAUAGUAUAGUCUUUUCUCCGGCCUUCUGUUUCAUUAACCGUAUGAUUCACUAACAGCUCAGUUUUAUUGUAUUAUUUAUUUACAAUAUUCAAGAAUUUGUAGAGAGAAACGUUUCUUCUUAGCAAACAUUCAUUUUCAUAGUUAUGCAUUCGUAAGCAAUAAGAGAGAAGCAUGGUAAGUUUUGAAAGUAUAUAACUAGAUGUCUACUUUUAUCAGGUUAUGAAGUUUUAGUGCCAGUAGAAUAUCACUAAGCUCUGUCUGAAUCAUCCAACAGGCAGAUUAGUAAAUGUCAGACAGUUUACGGUACCUUAUUAAGCUAAAAGACAAUUAUCUGGAUCAAUCCUACCUUGACGUGGUGGUUGGGCUUGCCUAUCGUGAUGAAGCAACCGAACCAUACUGGGUGGGACAACCGUCCCUCAAGGUUCCAAAAUGUCAGACAGGUCGGUUGAUGAGCAGUGUGACUAAAAGCAACAAACCUAAGGUUUGAGGAAAAAGUCGUACUGCUGACUGUACAGAGGUGUGACAGCAGUAAGGUGUUUCCUUCAGACAACCAGCAUGACAGCGAUGCUGCCUUCCCACAAGGAGGGGUGGGGUUAGAAAAGGUCGACCCUAAAAAUGCACACCUCGCCUUAUCCCACGGAUAUCCGUCUCCGGAGGUAAGGUCUCAAUAAGUACGGAGCUAACGCAAAAACUACCCAUAAAAAGGUCGUGUGUGACCGACCUCAAGCAGUUGUCCCCUGGGCACUGAGGUAAUGCUCCCAGGUCACUAAGACCACUUCUAAUCCAAUUUCCUUUUCAGGUACCUCCAGAAGAACCCUUCCACGGUGUGGGCAACCGGGAAGUGAUAACCGCCUUCAUACCUCUAACAGCACUCAAGACCACUGUAUUCAUAAUCAAACUCCGUCUAACAUCUGGAUCAAUCAUGGACAGGCGCAUACGGCGGUGGACUCGCUUUGCUUUUUGUAAACUGUUAAUACUAAUAUAUCCUGUUGCCUAUUGAGUGUAUUUAUUCUGUCAAGUCACUUACGAAGUUUAUUCACCUAGUUAUCAUGAUGAAAUAAUUUAGACCAAGUAUUAACAAUUAAGUGAC